UUUUACACUAGUCGAGUACGAUUUGAAAUGACAGACUAUCAGUGUCAAGACGAACAAAAAACACCAGCGCAAAGCAUCCACGGGCGUGUGCUGCCCAAUGCGGAACCCCUAGAGCUCUCCGCUGCAAGGGAUCCUGGCUGCUAUGCUAUCGUACAGCAAAGCAGUCCUCUGGCGCUUAUCUGCUUAAACGAGGCGGCGCACUUGGAAGAUGGCUCUGGCUGAAUGGAAAUCCUAAUGACAGUCUCCAAAUUUGCCUCUUUUUGUACCAUGGGCGCCAAUGCCUCUGCUCUGGAGAAAGAGAUUGGAUCUGAGCAGUUUCCGGUCAACGAGCACUACUUCGGCCUGGUCAACUUCGGGAACACCUGCUACUGCAACUCGGUGUUGCAGGCGCUCUACUUCUGCCGGCCCUUCCGGGAGAAGAUCCUGGCGUAUCGCGGGCAGCCUCGACGCAAGGAGAACUUACUCUCCUGCCUGGCCGACCUCUUUCACAGCAUCGCCAACCAGAAGAGGAAAGUUGGCGUCAUACCGCCCAAAAAGUUCAUCACACGGCUGCGCAAAGAAAACGAGCUGUUCGACAACUACAUGCAGCAGGAUGCCCACGAGUUCCUGAACUACCUGCUCAACACCAUCGCCGACCUGCUCCAGGAGGAGCGGAAGCAGGAGAAGACCAAUGGCCGCCUGGCCAACGGCACCUUGGACUCGCAGAACAACAACAGCAACACCGCGCCCGCGCCCACCUGGGUGCACGAGAUCUUCCAGGGCACCCUCACCAACGAGACCCGCUGCCUCACCUGCGAGACGAUAAGCAGCAAAGAUGAGGACUUCCUGGACCUUUCUGUGGAUGUAGAACAGAAUACCUCCAUUACACACUGCCUCAGAGGCUUCAGCAACACAGAGACACUGUGCAGCGAGUACAAAUACUACUGUGAAGAAUGUAGGAGCAAGCAGGAGGCGCACAAGAGGAUGCGCGUGAAGAAGCUGCCGAUGAUCCUGGCCCUGCACCUGAAGCGCUUCAAGUACAUGGAGCAGCUGCAGCGUUACACCAAGUUGUCGUACCGCGUCGUCUUCCCGCUGGAGCUGCGCCUCUUCAACACGUCCGGAGACGCCACCAAUCCCGAGAGGCUCUACGACCUGGUCGCCGUGGUGGUGCAUUGUGGGAGUGGUCCGAACAGAGGCCACUACAUUGCCAUCGUUAAAAGUCACGACUUCUGGUUGCUGUUCGACGACGACAUCGUGGAGAAAAUCGAUGCGCAGGCCAUCGAGGAGUUCUACGGCCUCACCUCGGAAAUCUCCAAGAACUCCGAGUCGGGCUACAUCCUCUUCUACCAGUCCAGGGACUAAACACGGGCCGAGCCCAUGGGACAAUAACGAACGAAAUGGCGUCGAGGAUACUGUUAACGGCAUAGCACGCCUAUUUGUACAGAUGUUUUUUUUUUUUUUUUUUUUUUUUUGAGUGGCGUUCUAGUUUGAGGGAUGAAUGAGCCUUCGAUCAUUCAUAUUUCCCCUCACCCAAGUUGGGAAUUAUCCAAACUAAGAUACAAGGGGUGACCGGGAUUGUGUAUUUCUACAGUGUACAGAAUGGUAUUUGUAUAAAUAUUACAAAAAAAAAAGCUAUUAUUGGAAAACGUCAGAGAUGUAUUAAUAACACUAUGGUGCACUUUUGAUACCGUUUUGUAGGUGUUGGUGUGUUUAACAUGAGGGAGCGAUGGAGGAUGAGAAGGCCUGAAUCGUGAUCAUUUUCUGUUUUAAAGAAAAAGAAAUAAAGCCAGUAUUUAGGCAA